UUUUGUAACGCACGUCCACGAAGAAGACCACGGCUGUAUGACGUCACGUAACGUGUAAACCGGCGCGGUGCGCGGAAGGAAGAAGAAGCGGCGAAUAUUCACCAUCAUUUCUCAAGAAAAGUGUUGUUUUUGUCAACAUGGCCUCAGAUGACAUUGCUCAGCUGGCUGAUGCUCUCUCCAAGACCCAUGUUGGAGAUGGAGAGCUGAGUUACAAGGGACUGGGACUGAAGCUGGACAAUGCAGAAUCAGUGGAGGGGCUGGUCCGUGAGAUCGAGCAGUACCAGGGUCUGAGAGCUCUGCGCCUCGAAGGAAACACUGUGGGAGUGGAGGCAGCCCAAGCUAUCGCCAAAGCUCUGGAGAACAAAGACCUGCUGCAGAGAUGCCAUUGGAGCGACAUGUUCACUGGAAGGCUGCGCUCUGAAAUCCCAACUGCCCUGCGUUGCCUUGGCAGUGCGUUGAUGAGCGCCGGUGCCAGGCUGACCGAGCUGGACCUGAGCGAUAAUGCUUUCGGACCAGACGGCGUCAAGGGAAUCGAGCAGCUGCUGAAGAGCCCUUCCUGCCACACCUUGAGGGAGCUGAGGCUCAACAACUGUGGCAUGGGCAUCGGUGGAGGAAAGAUCCUGGCUGAAGCUCUGAUCGAGUGCCACAAACAGUCAUCAGCUCUUGGAGCACCGCUCAGACUCAGAGUGUUCGUCGCCGGGAGGAACCGCCUGGAAAAUGAAGGAGCUAGCGCCCUGGCUAAGGCCUUUCAGCUGAUGGGCAGCCUGGAGGAAGUUCACAUGCCCCAAAAUGGAAUAAACCACACCGGUGUGAUGGCGUUAGCUUCAGCCAUGCGACAAAACCCGGAGCUUCAAGUCCUCAACUUCAAUGACAACACGUUCACCAAGAGGGGAACACUUGCCAUGGCACAGGCUCUGAGGCAUCUCAGGAAUGUCCGGGCGAUCAACUUCGGCGACUGUCUGGUCCGCUCUGAGGGAGCCAUCGCUCUGGCCGCUGUCCUGAGAGAAGGACUGCCUGUCCUGAAGGAGCUCAAUCUGUCGUUUGGUGAGAUCACCGAGGCUGCAGCGCUGGUGGUGGCUCAGGCUGUCAUGGACAAACCUCACAUGGAGAAAGUUGACCUGAACGGUAAUUGUCUGGGAGAGGAGGGCUGUGAUGCUUUGAGAGAGGCUAUGGAGAGCAUGGACAAAGGAGACAUGCUGGCAUCUCUCAGUGACGAUGAGGGAGAGCCUGAGGAUGAUGACGAGGACAACGACGAUGGCAGUGAAAACGAAGAUGACGGUGACGAUGUCAGUGACGGCUGUAAUGACGAGAACGGAGAGUACUGUGAAACUGUGAAGGAAAACGGAAUAAAAGAGGACAGUCCUAACAAAUCUCAGAGUCCGGCGGAGGUCACGUCUUUCCUCAGCUGUCCCUCUGUAGAGAAGCUUCUUCAGCUGGGAGAGAUGAGGACAAACCUGCAGCAACAGGUCGAUGCAUCUGACCCACACAAGGCUGCUGAGGUCCUUUUAAAAAUCUCCUCCCUGUACAGCGAGGACCAAGAGGUCCAGACAGCCGUCCUAGAAACUAUCGAUUUAGUGUUGAAGAAGCUCGUCUCUGGUUCUGUCCUCCAGUCAUACUGCUUCCUCUCCACUUUGCUGGUCAUGAUGGGACUCCUUAAGGGAGAGGGAAAAGUGAAAAAGGUGUCGCUGGUCCCAGGUCAGCUCCUCUGUUUGGAACAUGCAGUCCAGCAGGAGUACUUCGCCCAGCACCACGCCUCACUGCUUCAUAUCGUCCUGUCCAAGAACGGUGAAGCUCUGAAGUCCCUCAGCAGCGCUAGAGACAGACUGAGCUCCGCUCUGGAGAAGAGAUGCAACGACCAGCACUGAUCCAUCCCCUCAGCCAAUGAGAGCACAAACACAGGGAUACACACACACAUACACACACACACGCACUGUACUGAUAUUCAGUUCAUUCUUUCGGACUCGAGACCAACAGGGAUGCUUUACACUUGAACAAAGGACGAGUACAACCACUGAUGUCCACUCUUGAUUUGUGUAUUUUAUGAAGGCAUGACUAAGAUUGUGCAGAAUGUCUUCAUUUUUAUUUUUCUACUGCUGUUUGUGACUUAUAUUUUUGUAGAAAAUAGGUAUAAAUAAUAAUAAAAAAAAAAAAACGAACUUAACAUAGUGUAGGAUUUAACGUGUAAAAGCAAUGAAACUGAUUGUAGCCUGAAGUGGAGCUAAUUGUUGGCAACGUUAAUCUGGCACCUUUUGUAAAAUGUGAAUUAACUUCCGUAUAGUUUUAAAAUUCACUGUCAAUCAAUUUCUCCAUUUCAGACGAGAUUCCUACGUAUCUGUGGAAAUAUCUGGAUUAACAGGCAUUUAUUGAUCCUAGUUUUAGAUCCGAGUGUUACAUAUUGUGAUAUUUGUUGCUGUAAUGAUUUGAUGAAAAGCCGAGAGGAGAAGAUUGACGAAGAUUGUAACAAUCUAUAAAUCAAAAUAGGUUGGUGAAAAACAAAGAGGGAACUUUGCUGAUGAAGGGAGAAACAAACUGACCGACCAGUAACAAUCCUCACAACGCUGCUCGUAGUCUUAAACCAUAUCCGAGUGCUGUGUGCAUUAAUCUGUGACCGCGCACACUCGCCCAUAAAUCUGAAUACACACCGCGUGUGCGUCAGCCUGCACUGAACACAGCCGAACACUGCAGCACUCAGGGGACCACAAUCACUUUUAUCUCAUGUCUCUUUAUUUGUGCUCUUGUUUGACCUUUUGUUGCACAUAUUCAUUUAUUGUGUAUUACCUCAUAGUUCUUUAUGUCUUAGUGACGUGAUGGAGCGUUUAAGGGAAACGGGAUGAGGAUGGCAUCUAUGUCUGUGGCAUUUAGAUGAUCUUAAUGACUUUUUGAAUUCUGUCUUAAAUAUAACUAAUCUAACAACCCUGA